UAUGGCGGCGCCCUGUGGCUCCUCACAGCUCCCCGCCGCCGAGCCGCCGCUGAAGAUCCCCAAGAUGGAGGUGCUGUCUCCUGGCUCGCCUGGAGCGCUGAGCGACGGCAACCCCAGCCUCUCCGACCCUUCCACGCCCAGCGGCGCCUCCCCGUUAGGUCCCACCGGGCCGGGCUCCGUGGCCGCGGCGACCUCGGCGGGGGCUGGGGCUGGCUCAGGAGGCGGCGGCAGCGGCACCGGGGGCCGUGGCGGGGCUUCCCCCUCCGUCUCUUUUUCCCCCGGAGGCACCGCCACGGCGGCCGCCUGCCGGGGCAUGUCGUGGACGCCGGCCGAGACCAACGCGCUCAUCGCUGUGUGGGGCAAUGAGCGACUAGUGGAGGCGCGGUACCAGCAGUUGGAGGGCGCCGGCACCGUAUUCGGCAGCAAGGCCCCCGGGCCUGCCAUGUACGAGCGCGUCUCCCGGGCCCUGGCCGAGCUGGGCUACGAGCGGACGCCCUCUCAGUGUCGGGAGCGUAUCAAGACCCUUCGCAGGUGUUACAGUCGUGUGAAGGAGCAUGGUGUUGGGAAGAGGAAAAGCAGUUACACAUUUGAACAGUUGGAGCAGGUAUUUGGGCAAGGAGGAUGGGACUCUCAGUCCUGCCAGCCGGUGCUUAUCAACAGCAGUGGCUUGUACCAGGAGUUGGAGUCAGACGGCAGCACAAUGGAGGAAUACUCACAGGAUGAAUGGGGGAACCACAGUCAAGAUCUUCACUGUUACCAGCCUGGCGAUCAAGAGCUGGAUGAAAUGCCAACUACAAAGAAAUCAUUGAAAAUAAAGCAGGAAUCUUCGGAAGAAUCACAGAAACGAGAUAUGAUGCAGAAUAUUGUACAAAUCUUGGAAUCCGUCCAGUUAAAAUGGGAGUUAUUUCAAAGCUGGACUGACUUCUCUAGACUACAUCUUUCUAACAAACUGGCCAUAUUUGGCAUUGGCUAUAACACACGGUGGAAGGAGGACAUCCGCUACCACUAUGCAGAGAUCAGCUCCCAGGUCCCUCUUGGCAAGCGACUCCGGGAAUAUUUCAACUCUGAGAAGCCAGAGGGCAGGAUCAUCAUGACCAGGGUACAAAAAAUGAACUGGAAGAAUGUUUACUACAAAUUCCUAGAGAUCACGAUUAGUGAAGCCAGGUGCCUGGAACUGCACAUGGAGAUUGACUGGAUACCUAUUGCUCACUCCAAGCCAACUGGUGGGAACAUUGUCCAGUAUUUAUUACCUGGGGGCAUUCCUAAGAGCCCAGGUCUAUAUGCCAUCGGUUAUGAAGAUUGUCACGAGAAACCGCAGUCCCCUGAUCAUGAGGGCAUCAGCCAGAUCCCCGAAAAUGAGACCCUGGGGGAAACAGAAAUGCCCUUGUCACAAGCUUCCCUCAAAGUGGAGAUGGAGUCCACCCGAAUCAUAUAUUGCUACCUUGGUAUUGCUGAGGUCAGAACUCUCCAGCAAUGUUUGUUCUUACAUUUUCAGGCGAACACCAAAACCUUCAGCAAAGAGUGGGUUGGAAUCAAUGGAUUUUUAUCUCAAAACUGUAUUGUGGACCCGGGGAUUUCUCCUAAAUCAAUCUACAUUAAAUUUGUGGAAGUGGAGAGGGACUUCCUUUCUGCUGGCUCUUUGGUAGAGUGCCUGGAAAAAGCCAUUGGGUAUCCCUUGAAAUUCAACAACUGAAUCUCAUCCUUCAUAAGGAUCAGGGCUUCGUCUCCUCUGUGGCAUUCAGGCAUCUGGACAGUGCAAGACCAGGCAAAAGACAUCUUUCCGAGUGAACUCGAACAGCCACAAAAAGACACGUGCAAGUGAUUUUACAAAAAUGCAUACUCCAAGUCAGUAAAAUAUACAACUUACUUACUUGGGCUAAUUAGCUGGUUUUGUAAAGAGAAGACUCUGAAAGAGAGCCCUGUAAAUACAAUGACUGUUGGUACAUUCCACGUUGGACGAGCGUACACUUUACGUUUCAUAUGAAAAAGCUGUUUUCCACAAUGUCUCAUUUUUACACAUCUGUCUCUCUAAGUGUUAUUACAGUUAUGUAAUAAAUAAGCAAUAGAUAAUGGCAAGUUUAAA